CCUCUUCUGUCGGCGUGUCCCAAGUCUUCCCCGCGCGCCUUCUCUUCCUCUCACGCGUGCCCUAACCGGCGCCGCAACCGCCGCUGCCUCCCUCUCCUCUGCCCGACGCCGACGACACCAGGGAACAGAGAGUCGGCGAUUGAGCAUCUCCUCCCUCCCUCUUCCUUUCUUCUUCUCUGUCUCCGCCACUGAGGUCGGGAUGCGCCGCCGCCCCUCUCGGCCGGAAGCUACCUCCAAGCCGAAGCCCUAGCCACGUUCACAACAUCCCGUCGGCGAAUCCUCUUCUUCUUCCAUGUCAAGCCACCGAAAUCUUCCUUUACCUAACUGACAGUGGUUCCUCUUUCCUUCGCGAAAUAUCGAUUCAGGAGAUCCAGCAGUAGCCUCUCUCCUGAAACGAAUAGGCUCGAGCGCCUGCCGCUGCCCUAGAACUGUGGCCACGAUGAAGCUUCAUUUUGGUCACCCAAGAUCCCAAAUCUGAUGCAGGCGGGUAGUGAUAGACUUGUGAGUUGUUCUUCCGACUUUUCUGUAAUUGCUUAUUUAGGCUAACAAUUCGGUAUGUGCCCCGAAAGGCUGCUUCGAACCGUUCCCCACGAAGCGGAGAAUCCCAUCGAAAAGUCCCUCAGAGAAGCAUUCCUUCUCCUGCAGGACCAGUUGAAACCCCCUUUUCCUCUUACGAUCCCAUUUCCUCCCGAGUACUCCCAAUUGAAUCAUGCAAUUGCUUUCGGCAUACUGGCACAACCGCAUCUUGCUAAAGUGCAUCUCACCCACCUUCACUCCAUUGUUGUGGACGGAUAUGAGAUUUUCACCUCCAUCCUCCUCAAACUUUGCAAUGAAUCCUUCUCCAGGCUGUUGGAGGUUCCUAAAUGUCAGCUGCUCUGGGUGUGCUCAAUGCUGAUCCACGUCUCAGCCGAAAAGAUUGAAACUUUGUUCAUUUCUCUCAUGAGGCAGAUUACUGGAGGGGAUUUCAGCGAGUCCAAUUUGUGGUUGAGUGUCGAGGUUCUUAAAAUAUUGUCUAACAAUUGGGAUUGGUUGGUGGAGGAGCCUAUAGUCCUCUCAAGUGCAUUGUAUGUCUAUCUCAGGUUGUUAGCAGAUCAUUUUAGGUUAGGAGGAAGCUUCAAGUUGGAAGAGCUGAAGAGGAUGGAGAUUGACUUUUGUGUCAAGGCGUUGAGAGAACACUUUCAGUUGUCUAUGCAUAUUGGUAGAGAUCUUGUCCGUAUUCUACAAGAUGUGACCUAUAUUCCUGAGUUCAAGGACAUUUGGAAGGAUCUGCUGUUUGAUCCUAAAAGUUUCCAGGUUUCAGAAUUUUCCAGUCUGUCCAACCUUUAUUGGAGAAGAACACCAUCACACUUUUUCUUGCUGAGGAUCAGUCCCCAAAUGGAAAGCCAAUUGAGGUUUUUGCUCACCUUUGUGAAAUGGGGGAGCCAGAAAAGGUACCAAACAUGGUUUGUCAAGAAGCACUUAUAUUGGCCUGGUAGUGAGUCUAUGAUAAGUGACAUAGUUCGCUUCAUAUGUUGUGUCCACCAUCCUUCGAAUGAGAUAAUUCAUUCUAAUGUCAUAUCGAGGUGGGCAGUCAUUGGUUGGCUUCUGAAGUCUUGCAGGAGGAAUUAUUAUGAGGCAAAUGCAAAGCUUGCUUUGUUUUAUGACUGGUUGUUUUUUGAUGAAAAGAUUGACAAUAUCAUGAACAUUGAACCUGCAAUGCUUUUGAUGGUAAAUUCUGUGCCACAGUAUGUUGAUAUUACACAUAUGCUGCUAGAGUUUUUGUUUCUGCUAGUAGAUAACUAUGAUGUUCAUCACAGAGAGAUGCUUGCUGGGAGUGUUUCAGCAUCUAUUAAUUUAUUGCUCAGAAAAGGCGUGGUACAUUCAUUGGAUCCUCUGAUUUCUUGUAAUUCGAUCUCACCAGCGCUCAGGGAAAGGCUCAACUCGUUCCUUCCAGCACUACAUCUGUGUUGCCAUAAAAAGGUUAAUGAAGAUGAAACAUCUAUUGACAUUUGACGGUAUAUUGCUCAUAAAAUAGACAUUUCCAUCACUGCAUGUUGGCUGGUUGGGUGACAGAUCCGGAAUAUGACAUAUUUCAUCACCUUGUUCCCGUGAAUAUUAUUUUUCCUAAUUAUCAGCAGAUUUAAAAUUUUUAUAUCUUCUCUGUAUCUAUUUGUUUCUUUAUCUUCGACUCUUUACAAGAAAGGAUUGUAUGAUAUUGUCGACGUUUACCUAAUUGGUA